AUGGGGAGGCUAAGCGUCCACCAGACGAGGAGCCCGAAGCAAGGGAAGGGCAAGAAGAAGACUGUCAAGGUGGUGUACAUCUCCAACCCCAUGCGGUUCACCACCAGCGUCGCCAAAUUCCGGGCCCUCGUGCAGAAGCUCACCGGCCGGGACUCGAACGUCGGCGACACGGGAGCGACGUCGAUGGUGUUAGAGGGCCUGGAGAAGCCGUCGGUGCGGCCUGCGCCCGGAUCUGGAGUGGCUUCUGACAGCAUCGGCAUGGAUCCGCGUACGGCCACGGCGUCGGCGCCGUUCGAGAUGUACGACGACGAUGUCUUCACCCCGGAGAUGUUGGACAACUUUCCGGGACUGCAGCAGUCGACGCUGUUUGUGUUAUGA